AUGGGUGACUGGAGCUUCCUGGGGAGACUAUUGGAGAAUGCACAAGAGCACUCCACAGUCAUUGGCAAGGUGUGGUUGACAGUCCUGUUCAUCUUCCGGAUCCUGGUGCUUGGAGCUGCUGCGGAGGAAGUAUGGGGAGACGAGCAAUCAGACUUCACCUGCAACACCCAGCAGCCAGGCUGCGAGAAUGUCUGCUAUGACGAGGCCUUCCCCAUCUCCCACACCCGCUUCUGGGUGCUGCAGAUCAUCUCUGUGUCUACGCCCACCCUCAUCUACCUGGGGCACGUGCUGCACAUAGUGCGCAUGGAAGAUAAGAAGAAAGGACAGGAAGAAGAGCAAGUAAAGGAAGGUAGCCUGCAUCUCAGAUCUGCUGGUCAGUGUGCAUCCAGACACAACAGCCAGAAGGAUAAAAAACCCCUGUGGGAUGACUGUGGCAAGGUACGCAUCGCUGGGACCCUACUCCGGACCUAUGUUUUCAACAUCAUCUUUAAGACGCUAUUUGAAGUGGGCUUCAUCGUUGGACAGUACUUUCUCUAUGGCUUCCAGCUGAAGCCACUCUACCGCUGUGACAGGUGGCCCUGCCCCAACACGGUGGACUGCUUCAUCUCCAGGCCCACGGAGAAGACCAUCUUCAUCAUCUUCAUGCUGGUCGUGGCCUGCCUGUCCCUCCUACUCAAUGUGCUGGAGAUAUACCACCUGGGCUGGAAGAAGCUUAAACAGGGCAUGACCAACCACUAUGGCCCAGACACCCAUGAUUCAAAGAUGGGGGCCAUAAAAUCUGGGGGUGUGAGCCCACUGCCCUGCCACCAUGUUCCAGCCACUGGUACAGUGGGGUGCCCUCCUUACUACGCUCACUCUGCCUUUUCUCUGGGACAGGCAAUGGCCACAGCCUAUCCCGGGUCCCCUCCACCAGCAACAGACUUCAAUGUGGCCGCCCCAUCCCUGACACGGGGGAAGAGCCACCCUGACAAAUUGUGCGAUAGUAACCAUCACCUGCUAAUGACAGAGCAGAACUGGGCCAACCAGGAGACCGAGCGGCAGACUUCUGUGAGGAAGGUCUCCCCUCCUGCGUCCACAUCUUCCUCCUUUACCCCUCCAGGCCGCCCCCAGCCACCCCCUCAGCAGGGCAGAGCAGGCAGCAAAGAGUCUGUCCUGCUGGAGAAUGGGGACGGCAGCAGCGUGGGAGAGAGCAGACUGGAAGUGACUCCCGAUGAGGGGCAGCAGGCAGUGAUCACCGCUGUGGAGAUGCACAUGUCCCCGUUGCCCUCCACAGGCCCUAGACGGUCAAGCUGGGCCAGGAAGCCCAGUGGCAGUCGGGGCAGACCCAAUGACUUGGCCAUCUAG